UAGGGACACUCCGUACCGGCAGGGGGCAGACUGCAGGAGAAGAUGCACCGCAAACCUGCAGGGAGGAAAGCAGAAACGGAAGUAACAUUAAUAUCAACAACCUGAGUUACAACAGUCUAUGGUUACAACUCAGGCAAAACUUUACUGUAGCUAAAACGUAUACACUUUUUUAAGUUUUUAUCCGAUGCAAAUGCCGUAAUAGUAUCUGGUACAUUAUGGGGGAAGAGCGCCGUGAAAGUUUUGUGCUCAAACUCAGUGGCUAGUUUAGCCAUUUGGAGCAUCUUAGCUAACUUUUUGUCAGCUGACUAGCGUGGAUUCAUGUUGACAGCCUCAGUAAGCGAACAGUAGUCGAAUAUGCCCAGGUAUUGCUCCGUGCUUAGUUUUAUCAAGGUUACCGGUGUAGCUGGAUUGUCUGCUAGCUGUCGUUGACACCUUGUUGUCCUUGUAGUCUUUAUGUGGCGCUGAUAGAGCCCGGUUUGCAAUGCUCCUGCAGCUGCUCCCACCUGUCAACUAGCUGGCUCAUCUCCUCCAGUCUCCCGUCUGCCGUUGCCCAAUGGCUCACUGCGGCUCCUCCGAGUCGAGCGCAAAGGUACCGGCACCGCGCCGGGACAGCAUCAUGCCGUCGCAGGGUAGCGUAGACCAGAGCAUGAAGCCGGUACUGUUCGAGAUCUUUGGCGAGAUAUGGACCGUCCAGUCGCGGCUCGGCCAGGGAGUCUCGGCCUCGGUGUACCGGGUCAGCUCAGGCAGAGCCGCCACCGCCGCUGUUAAGGAGUUUCAGGCCGACACUCGGGGAGGAGACUACGGGUAUCACAAGGAGAGGUCCGUGCUGGAAGACAUCCAGGGACAUAAAAACAUCGUGACACUGUACGGGGUGUUCACCAACCACAGCUGUAUGGGUGUUGCCACCCGCUGUCUCCUGCUCGAGCUCUUGGAUGUCAGUGUGUCCGAGCUGUUGGUCAGAGGCAGCAGUGAUACCCAGGGUGGUAGUAUGAUAUCUUUUGGCAGACCCCAGCAGGGCCACUCCAUGUGGCUUGUCCAGCACUGUGCCAGAGACAUCCUGGAGGCUCUCGCCUUCCUUCAUAGAGAAGGCUACGUCCACGCUGACCUCAAGCCACGCAACAUUCUCUGGAGCGCUGAUGACGAGUGCUUCAAGCUCAUCGACUUCGGCCUCAGCUUCAAAGAGGGAAACCAGGAUGUCAAGUACAUCCAGACAGACGGGUAUCGAGCUCCAGAGGCUGAGUUUCAGAACAGCCUCGCUCAGGCCGGGGUGGAAGUGGAGGGAGACUCGGGCUGCACAGCCGCCGUGGACCUGUGGAGCCUGGGCAUCAUCCUCUUGGAGAUGUUCUCAGGAAUCAAACUCAAAGACACCGUCCGAUCACAGGAGUGGAAGGAUAACAGUGCUGCCAUUGUAGACCAUGUUUUUGCCAGCAACAGUCUGGUGUGCCCUGCCAUCCCUGUCUAUCACCUCAGAGACCUUAUCAAGAGCAUGCUUCUCAAUGACCCAAAGCAAAGAUGCACAGCUGAAACUGCCCUGCUGAGCCCGUUCUUCAGUAUUCCCUUUGCUCCUCACAUUGAGGACCUGGUUCUGCUGCCCUCUCCUGUCCUGCGUCUGCUCAACCUCAUUGAUGACAGCCAUCUGCACAAUGAAGAAGAGUAUGAAGACAUCCUGGAGGACAUGAAAGAGGAGUGCCAGAAGUACGGCUCAGUGGUUUCUCUGCUCAUCCCCAAGGAGAACCCAGGGAAAGGACAGGUCUUUGUAGAGUACGCCAACUCCAGUGACUCCAAAGAGGCUCAGAGGCUGCUGACGGGCCGCACCUUUGAUGGGAAGUUUGUUGUGGCCACCUUCUACCCUCUCAGCGCCUAUAAAAGAGGUUACUUGUACCAGACUGUGCAGUGAAGUCCUAAAGCUCAAUUUACACCUCUGCACUGUUCGCAUGAAAAAAUACAAUUACAUAGAACGUGGGGGGGGGCCCUGUUCCAAUGAUUCUGUUAUUAAUGAGUGUAGUUAAAAGUUCUGCAUGCUAUCCAUGUGGUUUUCUACAGUAAAUCUGUGUUUCAGGCAGAAUGUAAAUUGAACUCAGCUGUGAGGAGCGUACAGCAACGCUUUAUUUCUGCUGCCCUCCGUCUGUGCACCACUCUUAACAGUGCACAUCCUUCUAGUGCUUCAAGGUGACCUGCAUCUAAUCUCUUGUAAUGACUCUGGGCCGGGGCUCUGUGGUCUGGGUACUGCAGUUCCUGUUCUAGGUGCCAUUUCACUCUCUUUCGUUCAUAGAAAUUGCCGCGCUGAAAGAUUGGUAAUUAGGACAAGAAAAGUCUUCUCUCAUGGGGGUUGCUAGAGCAAAAGCCUUUAUCAAAUUCUAGUGUAAAGUUUGAGAAUCUGUGCUCUACAUUACAUUGAAAUAGUUGCAUCUCUCUAGGUAAAUUAUUAGAUCUCAUCAGUUGAGUCAGGGAUGCGAUCAGAAACAUGUAGCAGGACAUCACUGAUCUCCUAGUAGUAAUGAAUGGGAGUUUCUCAAUCCUGUGGUGAAAUUAGUGUCCUAUCCUGUUGUUAAAUGAGUAAUAAUAAUUAUUAGAUUAUUAUUGCUUAUUUGUAUUUGUUAUGUUGAAUAUUUAAUGAGAGGAAACAACGUGGUACAAGGGGAUAUACAGGUAUCCUCUGCUGGCUCCUCAGGCAGUUUUCAGGGAGAAAUGGUUUGGAGUGACCCCUCCACCAGCUGGUAGUUAUCACUCACUCACUCACUCACUCUCUGCCAUUAUCUGAGCAAGCCAAGGGCCCAUAAUGCCCUGUAGUCUUAUGCUCUGCAGCUUUUUAUUUGAAACAAAGUCUACAUAAUCAGAGAAUACUUUUAUCAUCAGUUUACUAUGCUCCUGUUUAUGAGGACAUGCAGUGAGUUUUGUGUUUUGACUGCAACACUUAAAGGGCACACGAAGAAGUAAAUAUUUACGAGUACAUGCUGAAAAUGGCUUUCGUGCGUUGGAAAUCGACUGACGUAAGAAUAAAAUCUGAUUUGUCCAAAACCUUUUUCCAGUUGGAAAAUUAAUCUAUGAACAAAAAUAGCAGUAGUUCCAACAGCGGUGGAAAAUGUCUUGCAACUAACUAAAGCCAAGUACGCUUUAAUUUUAACUAGUAGUCAUGGUGAAAUUUGAAUUAUAGUCUAGCGCCAAAGUGUCAAGCAUGUUCAGAUAUGCAGUAGCCUGUGUACAUGCUCAACUGUUGCUCUGUCAUGUCAGGAAUAGUUUAAAGCCACUGUGUGUGGAAUGUUUGUAGCAUCUUUCAAAUUUUUCUAAUGGCUUAGGUUGUUGUGCAGUCUAUGUAUUGCUUUCGCCAAAGUUGAACAUUUUCAAAUCCUUCACAUAGUGGCUUUAAAGAUUGUGCAGUGCUGCUGAUGCAAGGCGAAUAGAGAUUGCACAGUGGCUACUGUACUACCUAGACAGAUAAAGUGUAAUGUUAUACAGUCUUCCAGAGCUGCAACUGAUACUUUUAGUCUUUCAGUUUGUUUGUGCAUGAACCAGUGGAUUGAUGGGUAGACUGCACGCCCAACAUUGUAGCACAAUUGUCCUGUGGCAAUACGUUUGACCAAGGUGUCUGUUUUUGGAUUUCCCAAAACAAGAA